AUGCGACAGGCUGUCUGCACUCUGGCUGCUGAACUGCAUUUCUCCCCACCUGAGAUCCCUGGGCCCACACUGAUGGAGAAUGUACUGCACCACAGACUCUUCUCUGGAGUCAUUUCCCAGCUUCUCUAUGUGUUAGCCACAAUCCUGCCAGUUUCCAAGUCCCAUCAGACAGACUCAGACAGUUUUGAGUCUAAGACUCGGGAGACAGUAAAGAAACCAAAGGCAAGUGCUGCACGGAUCAGUAAGAAAGCCAAGAAGGAAAGCAAAAAGAAAUGCCAAGGGCUUGACCAAUAAGCCACAGAGGACAAAACAAUCACCUGCAGU